AUGCUGUACCAUCUUUGUGCACUGCUGCUCCUGUGCCUGGAGCGAGUGGUUGGUUUCGUGAAGGGAUGCCAAGAGCUUGAGAUGGAAAAGAAACUCACUAAUCGGGAGGAAAUAUUGAAAAUGGAUUGCAAUACAUACCAGGCACGCCUCUGCCUAAAGUUUGUGCUGGACGCAGGCUUGAUGAGCUACUUUGCAUUUAUCAUUUGGAGCCUCAUCGUACGCAUUGAGGCAGGUGAACUCGGCGAGCCCUCGCUGUUGAGAGAGCAGGAGCUUGCAGAUAGGGCACUUGGAGACCCUUGGCUUUUUGUUCAGACACCUGGAGAAUCAGCCACGUUUCUGAGACGUGAGCCCAGAGGUCACGCCCCGACACCAUUUUCAGGGGUGCCGCGAAAUCUGGAAGAUCAAGAAGCUCAAGCAUCUCUCCAAGAAGAAGGGCAAGCGCAUGACCGGCAAGGGCGUGGAUCUGUAGAAGCAUUUCAAGGAACUCCUUAUCGUUUGGAGUGA